AUGUCUUUGGUAAACUUGGCAAAUGUUUGCAGCCAUUUACAGAAUUGUGUGAUGGCAAAGUUACCAUUGGCUAAAAUACCCUAUACUCGACUACAUUUGCAAAUUGCGUUAGGAUUGUACAAUGAAGGAUUUAUAUCUUCCGUUCAACGUGGCUCUAUUAAUGGUCCAGACAUUAAACAGGUAGAAGUUACUCCUGACAAUGUGUCCACAAGGAGGUUGUGGCUUGGACUGAAAUACAAAGAUAAUAAGCCAGUGCUAUCACAUAUUCAUCUUAUUUCGAAACCUAAUAGAAGAGUCCAUUUGACAAAUGACGAGCUUGUUCACUUUGCUGCAGGAAAUAGAGUUAGAUUCGUGAAGCCAAUGAAACCUGAUGAGGUUGUGUUUGUGAGAGCCAGUAAUGGAGAUGUGUUGAAUCUUUACGAGGCCGUGAAAAAACAGUUAACCGGUGAGUUGCUUUGCCGAGUUUCGUUAGGUGACAAAUCAUUGACAGGGAAAAAGUACAGUAUCGCAGGCUUUGAUAUGGAUGAAACCAUCAUAACUACGCAGUCUGGUACACGUUUCGGUCAUGGUGCGUGGGAUUGGUGUAUAAAAUAUCCUGAAGUAGUUUCAAGGCUUAAGGAAUUAGAAACAAUUCAUUCGAACGAUGAUACCAUUAAAGUCAUUGCUAUAUUUACAAAUCAAGGAGCUAUUAAUAACACAAAGAGAUCAAAAAGUCUAAGUGGAUUCACGCAUAAAAUUUCCAGCAUCAUAAAGAAACUUAGCACUUUGACAUCAUUGCCAAUAGUAAUUUAUGCUGCCACCAGAGAUCCGCAGGCGAAUAAAAAUGUACUUGCUAAAAAGGCGGCUAAAAUAGCACGCAAACCAGAUAUAGGAAUGUUUCAGCAGCUUCUUAAUGAUAUAAAUGCCACAAAGGAAGAUGUUUCUUAUCAAGACAGCUUUUUUUGUGGGGACGCUGCUGGUAGACCAGGAGAUUUCAGUGAGUGUGAUAUUGGAAUAGCAAAAAAGAUUGGUGUUAAAUUUUACACUCCGGAGCAGUACUUUUUAGAUGUUAAGGAAAAAUGA